GUGUAUGAAGAAGGUACUUUCAGGGGAGGAAGAAAGUAUUUCGCAAUAUAAACCUACACAAGGAUCUCAUUCAAUUCCGUAUAGAGGCAGCCUCUAAAAUGCUCUACUAGCUUUGCACAUUAUGAGAAGGACCAUAGCACUUCUUUUUAAGCCUUUUUUUUUUUUUUAACUUUCAAGCCUGUAUUUUAAUAGCUCCACGCCAGAUUAUAAAAUAAAUUUGUAUUUUGUCCCAGUUAUUUUCAGUUCCACGUCCCAACAGUAACACCAGACCCAUACAGAAGAGCCAACCUGGCUUCUCUCUCACAGCACGGGGGGCACAGAAGAAACUGAAACCCAACAUCCACACGGCGGGCACAAGCAAAUUCACGACUCCUCCAGUCCCGGUUCCUACGCAGUGAUUAACUGCUUCCAAAUCCAAGCUGGAACGGGAGCAGCCGUGGUUACCGCUGCGUGCCCGGGUUCUUGAGAGCCGGCUUUCUCUAACUCAUUGGACAGAGCCCAUCAGAGGCACGACCCCGUAGCACAGACAGAACUACCCUCUCUCUACUCAGCACCUGGGUGGCAGCAGAUCCCGGCACUGGACGGUCUUCCCACCCCCACGAAGCAGCGCGCCCGCAGCGCCCCGGACCCGGCUGCGCGCACGGAGAGCCGGGCUGAGCCCUGCGCUCCCCGCGGGCCCCUCGGAUGGACGGCGGUCACCCCCGCGCCGCGCUGCGCCUGUACCUCCGAAUCCCGGGCGCAGGCGGUUGUCAUAGCCAUCCAGGAGACUGUUGAGGAUGCUGGUGAAAUUCUCCGGCCACAAUUUCUCCUCUUUCUUGCUCUGUCCCGGCGGCCCGGUGAGACUACGAGGCAAAGAGGGAGCGGGUGAGCGAAGCCGCUGACACCCGGCUCGGGGCAGCGACACCGCUACGAGCCGGGCCGGGCGGGGGUCGCCCUGCGGCCGGGGUACUCACCACGUCGCCAGGCACAGGCAGUGCAGGAGGGCGAUGGAGAGACCCGAGGACAUGGCGAUGGCUGGCUCCUUGGCAGAAACCAUCUUUGCAUGCCAUACUUCACGCCUGGGCACGUUGUCCGGGGCGGGGGACGGCGGCGGCGCCGGCAGCCCCCGGCGGCCCUACAUGCGCGGCGCCCCGGUUGCCAGGAGCCAAGCACGGGCGGAGAAGCGGCGACUUUCCCCGCGCCGUUAACUCUCUCGGGGCAACAGGCACCGGUCCGCGCCGCACCCGCCUCCGGCCCGCUCCGCCCCGCCCCGCCCCGCUCUCCCACCCGGGCUGCCUCAGCUCCCUCCGGGCGGCCGGGAGGCGCCGAACCUGCCCGAGAGCUGCCUCCCGCCCGGGGGAGGGCGGAGCGGAGCCGCGGGGGAGGUGGCACUCAGUCCGCCCGUGCUCUCGGGGAGCCCUGCGGGCCUCGUCCUGUCGCUCCGUGCCUCGGCUUCCUCGGGUCGGGGGGAUGUGGAGGAGUGUGUGUGCCUAUGUGUGAAGAUGGAUGGUUUUUUUCGCCAUCACGUCCUAGCGAGGACUGCAGCGUGAAGUCUUCAUUUGCCCUGGUCGACUUCUCUCCCGAGGGGGAAAUAAAGCCAAGAGCUGGCAGAAAGAGUGUAAUUCCCAGCAAGGGUCCCUGAGCUGCUGUUGGCAGUGUAAAGGUGCUAGAUGAAGGGAAGAGCUGCGACUUCAAGGUUAAAACAGAGCGCAUCUGAAAGGGAUGGAAGCUAGUGGGUUAUCCCACACUUCUAGAAGUAGACAUGCCAGUAGCCAGGGACUGGUUUCACCUUGUAUCUUGUUGGUUUUUUUUUUUUUUUAACUCUCCUAUAAUUAGGAAGCCAGGUUAGUGACCCAAAUAAUUCCCAUUAUCCAAGGUCCAAGAGAUCCUGCAGUAAUUACCCACUCCGAAGCACUGCUUUUCUGUCAGAGACAGAAUGGGGCUUUUGGGAAGAAAGAGAAGAGACGUACAGGGUGUUCUUCCCUCACAUGCUUUCACUGACAAUAAACAACUUCAGACCAGGUGUGCUGCAGAGUUCUUCAGGUUUGGAGAUCAUUGUGCACUCUAAUUUUAAGGAGGAUAGUGAGGUUUGUUGUGCCAGAGCGCAUGGAUCAGGUAGUAUAAUUGACCUCAAGACUACAGUACUGUUUAUGCUGACAUAAAAAGGCUUUAUUCAUUACAUGCUAUAGUAUCUCCAAGCACUGAGAUGCCUGAUUAUCCUCAGAACUACUGUACGUGUGAAAUCUUCCUGAUCUUAUUUAGAGCUUGCUCCAGCUAGGGUGCCCUUUGCUGAUUGAAAAACAAUUAAAGCUGUGCUUCAAAUCCA